AUGAGUGAGCUUAGCAUGGGGACCAAGGAGCAAUUGAAGGCACCGGAGCAAAAAGCUCGUUAUCAGGUGUACGCCAUCGAUGAUGAGGAGCAAACCGACCGCGAACAGCUCCAUGAACAGCUGUACUGGCUGUUCAAAAAGAUCGAGGCCAGAAGAAAAAGCGAGGAAAUGGCCAAGAUGCCGCAUAAAGAUAGCGAUAGAAAAUAUAAAAUCACACUAGAAUUUAUCAAAAAGGCCCAGCUUGAAGAACUGCGCCAGUUCGAGGAGCAGCAGAGAGCCAUCCGCGCCUGGUACCAGGUGCAGCUCAGUGGCUACCUAGAACAGCUCAAGGUGAAACGGGCGCAGGCCGAGCAGAAACUAAAGCUGGAGAGAGAAGCUCUGGCCAGCUGGAGGGAAAAGGAGAGGAGAGCUCUGGAGAUAAAGCGCGAGAAGAUUAAAGAAGCGGAUAGAAAGUUUGAGGAGAGGAGGAUCGCCUACAGGCAAAAGCUCGAGGAAAAGCGCGUGGCAGACGCGCAGAAGCGCGCUAACAGGGCACUGGCUGCCGCGCAAAAGCGCAAAGAGGCAGCGCUGGCGGAGGAAAGAAAAUGGGAAGAGCAGCGACUGGAGCUGGAAAGAAAAAAGGAGCAGAAGCGGAGACAAGAGGAAGAGAGAAAGGCGCAGGAAGAGCUUAUGGCUGAAGAGAGGAAGCUCCAGGAGCAAAUAUACAUAAAGAAGAGAAAAAAGCUGGAGGCGCAGGCUGAGCUCCUAAGCCAGCGCAUGCAGGACUAUAUCCUGCAGGCCAGACUUGAGCAGGAGGAGCAGAUGAAAGCCGUGACGAUCGCAGAUAAGUGGAAGCACAUGCAAUCAGUUGUGUUUAAGAAAAAGGAGGCGAAAACGAGAUGGCAGAAGGCGAAAAUAUCUGUGAUGGUGGGAGCCCGGCUAAAAACAGCUAUUAAAAAAUGAGCAAAUGCUCAGCUAAAUAAAUGAAGUGCGCUCCACCGCAAGUACACACUUCCGCCUGCCUGUCCAGCGAAACUAGACAAAAAUGCAUUACUGGGUCAAGUGUCCUUAACUUACUAGUUAGGCAAAUGUAUAUCGUCGCUGUCCGAUGAAAAACACGUAUCUCCAGUUUUUGCGUUUUUUACUUUUUUUCAUGUGUUGAAUGUGGGAAUGCAUCUCUACCUAUCCAUACAAGUGAAGAUGAAAAUGACCAAUCAAAAGUCUGAAAAAUCGCUCAUCCGUUUUCCGCGUAUCUACAUUGGCUGCUAGACCUGUCUGUCAAACCGCAUAUCUCCUCCUCCCAACCCCCGCCACCUCUCUCUGUGGACGCGAAGAAAGUUGUUCUCCGGCAGCGUAGCUCAAACACUCAAGAUGCACUUUGCCCCAGAAAUAUCUCUGGACAAGAACAGGCCACUGAGGAUGUGCAAGAUCAGGUGGAACAUAAUGAAUCCGAAAAAGACGAUGCACAUUGUUCAAAAAAUAUCUCUGGACAAGAGGAUGCUGCUGAUGGACAAGAUCAAAUGGCACACAAUGGAUCUGAACUAGUGGAGGGCAAUAAAGAAAAUGAUGUAGCUGAGGAGGCUUUAGGUGGAGAGUCUCGCAUGGGAAGACCAAAAAGGCGGACAAACACAGAGACCUGGAAAGUCAACACUCAGAAAAGGAGAAGAAUGAUGGGUCAGUCAUAUCUUGGAAGAAGGGAAAACGAGGAAGUGACGAGGGAAGAAAGAAAAAUGGGUAGGCCAUGCCAGUCUGUAUUUUGUAGGAAAUCGAAAAAGCUGCACUGUGAAGCAAUACAGGAAGCGGACAGGGAGGCAAUUUUUAAAUACUUCUGGGAAAAAUUAGACUGGAGGGAGAGGAAAAUUUAUGUUGCAUCACUGGUAGAUGUAGGCCCUGUGAGAAGACGACGGACAGGAGAAGAACAGUCAAGGAGGUCAGCAUCCAUUCUGUGUCACCUUAAAGUGGAUGGCAAAAGGACCAGGGUAUGUCAGAGCAUGUUUCUUUCAACACUAGGGAUCAAGCAGUGGUGCUUUCUAAGUUGGGUUGGCCGGAGAGAGCCUGAAAAGAUAAAGAAAACCAGCAUCAGGAAUGAAGAGGUUGAGUUCCUUCAGCAGUUUCUAAAGGACCUUCCUAAGGUUCCAUCUCAUUACUGCAGAUCUUCCUCUACAAAAAUGUACUUGGAACCUCUUUUUAAAUCCAUCAGUCAUCUUCAUUCUGAAUACACCCAUGCUUGUGCAGAAAAUAAUGUCCAGUCUCUUUCAAGACAAGUAUUCAGUAGCAUUUUUAACAAAUUAAAUCUCUCGCUGUUUCACCCCAAGAAAGAUCAGUGCAAUACGUGCUGUUCAUAUAAAGUUGGAAACAUAGAUGCUGGCACAUGGGAAGAACAUUGCAGGAAGAAGGAGUCAGCAAGAGUGAGCAAGCAGGAAGAUAAAAAACAAUGCAACUGAGAAAACAAUGGUGGUGUGUAUGGAUCUGCAGGGUUUACUUCUUUGCCCCAAACUUCAAGCCUCAGCACUCUACUAUAAAACCAAGCUUGGUGUCCACAACUUCACAAUGUACAACAUGGCAACCCAUGAUGCUACUAAUUAUUUGUGGCAUGAAGGGGAAGGUGGACUCACAGCUAAUGAAUUUGCUUCAUGUAUCAUCCACUUCCUUGAGGAACACAGCAUGCAUGAUGAAUACAUCUUAUGGAGUGAUGGAUGCAGCUAUCAAAAUCGCAACAUAGUUUUAAGCAAUGCUCUGCUGAAGUUUGCAACUGAGAAGCAAAAGGUCGUUACCCAGAAGUACUUGGAAAAAGGGCAUACACAAAUGGAAUGCGACUCCGUGCACAGCGUGAUAGAGAGAAGACUGAGAGACAGAGACAUCCAUGUUCCAGCCGAGUAUGCCACGGUGAUCAGAGCAGCACGGUCCAAUCCCAGGCCGUACAAUGUGCAAUAUGUCAACCACAGUUUCAUCCAGGACUACAGCAAGCUGAAGCUUUGUAAGUCCAUCCGUCCUGGCAAAAACCCUGGAGAAUCAACUGUGUUUGACCUCCGGGCUAUCAGGUACAACGUGGAUGGUACCAUGGACUACAAAACUGUCCAUGCAGAUGACUGGACACCUUACCUCUCACCCACUCUUAGGAAGAGGAACAGUGACACCACAGUGCUACCACUGUACACAUCCAGCCUGAGAAUCAAGGCGCUGAAAUACAAGCACCUCCAAGAACUUAAGAAUCUCAUUCCCAAGGACUUUCAUGGAUUUUAUGAUUCACUUAACUAUGAGUGAUAUGCAUCACCAGUCUGCAGGUUCACUGUUUAAUGUGGAGUAGGCUCACGUGUGUACAUUAAAAAAAAAAAAGCCACAGACCAUUUUCUUGAGUCUGACUGUGAGUCUCAAAACAUGAUUUAUGUGUUUUCCUAAUGAUUUCCCACAAGUAAUUCAGAUUUGUAUCCAAUAUCUACAUGGAAUUUAGUUAUUUAUCAAAAAGAGAUAUAACAUUUUAUUAGUAGUUGAUACAGGUUAUUCUAUUGAAAUGUUUGUUGGUUCGUAUGUUUUUUCUUGUACAUAUCUGAAAUUUAUAUAAGGUUUUUAUUAAAUGAUUGACGUUUCCUCGUACAGUAAAUAAUAACUUGAUUUAUAAAUUACAUUGUCUGUAACUUUUAAAUUUGUAUUAGUUGAAAGGUAUCUAAGUGACAUAGUAAAACAUUUCUUAAUAAAUCUAUAAAUAUC